AUGUUUCAGAGAUCAGUUAAUGAUGUGGCCGUCUGUCUACGAUGCCGAAUUCGGUCCCAAUUUCCGCCGUCGCGCGCCCCCUCCAUAAAACCUCCCACUGCUCGAAAACGAUCCCUCCACGCAAACGCGAGUCACAAAGCGGAAUCUUUGGCGCAAGAGCAUAGGUUUUCGAAUCGGCGAUCAAAGCCACCUGCUCGUAUAGAGCCUCUGGGUAUUAAUACACUUGGGAAACCAUCCCAUGUCCUACUAUUACAAGACAAAAAGACACCUCCGGAGGGCAGGUUCGCGAGGCUGAUCGCAAAGGAGGAAGAAGAUCGACAAUUAUACAGCCCAUCUGAAGUACUGGAAGAAGUAGAUAAAGAAGAACGGUAUAGACUAUUUGGCGCGGAAGAAGUAUCGGCCAACUUUGACUAUCUCCACGCCCUCCACCAGCCUGGAGAUAGACUAUUUCCGGUGAACUGGGACAAGCUACGGGAUGUUCUUGAACAUGGAUUUACGACAUCCCAAUUAUUACGGUAUAUUGGAGAUUUCACGGGCAAUAAAAAUGGGAGUUUGGAGUGUACUGAUAUUGGGGAUAUAUCUCCCAAAGACAACCAGCGUCUCUGGAAAGCGGGGACCUCUCUCUUCUUAGAACUGACACCCAAAAUCCAGAGAAGGACUUCUCAGAGAAUCGAGGCAAUGAAAUACAUGGAAGGGAAAACUCUCCUAGCUGAAAGGAUUAUGAGAGAUUGCUGGCAACUCACUAUUCGAAAUGAAAUUGGACAGAUCGAUUUACGGGUAGCACCGAAGCAAAUACCUACACUGUUGAUGGCGAAAACGGAACCACUUAAGAAGGUCGCAGAAUCUUGCAAUGUCAAAAUAGAUGUGACCAACUCGUUAAAUCUCAUUAGAAUAACGGGGAGCGAAGACAACUCGCUACAAGCUCUCAACGCUGUGGAGCACUUGCUAUCUCAGUUUCGCACUAAAGAGCUUGAAUUCCCUACAAGUGGAUCUAUUCUUGAAAGUAGCAAAUACCGGAGCCAGGACGCCGAUCUAUUGCGAGUGUUGGAAAAAGAGUACGGGGUUCUGUGUCGCGUGACCAAGGGUGCAAAGAAAUUCAUAUGCUACUAUUUGGAUGGAGCCGAAGCGGAUGCCGAAGAUGUAUGCAGGAGUGUUUGUCUUGCACGUUCCUUACCUCUCGAUAACCCUCGAGAUCUUGUCACCCAUUUUCCACCCGAUCAACCAGUAGGAAAAUACUAUGUUACCAGUCCAGAUUUCAUGUUUUUUCCUGAUCGCACUGGGAAGUGGUUCAGAUGGGCAACGCCUCUCCUUGGAGUUGAUACCGUUGACGGGAGAGCUGUGAGGAGACCGCCCGCCUCAAUUUACAGCAAGGAAAAUACCGCUCCGUUUAUAAAUAUCUCCAAUUCCCUCUCUCGCAAGCUUGAGAAUGCUUACGAGCAUUCCGUUUCGGACAAUUUUAAGCGUGAAGUCGUUACGGCCACCAUCGGAAAAUGCCUUUUCAAGGGGGCCUCUAGCGGUGAAAAGGAUGAAAUUGGUUUUUCGACCCUUAAAGCUUUGCCAUCGAGGAGAGUGUUCAUCCGGGAUGUUCCUAACACUCGACGUUUGUUCAACACAAUCCCUUCUAUUGACAAGGGUACUACCAUUCAUCGAGUUCACCUCCUGCCGACUGUCCCGAUUUUCCCUCCGAUAGAGUUAGAAAUGGAAAUACCCCAUUCUACUGAACCGCAAACUUUUCUUGUGGCACCAAUCUUGAAAAAAGCGAAUGCGGUUCUUGAUAGCCGCGACGUUGAUAUGCUUUUGCCAACAGUUGCUUUGGAUAUUCGUUUCACAAAGACUACCUACUAUGACAUUUUGGAAGGAUGCCAGUUCUCCCCCCUCGCGCCUAAUACUCAUCCUGUACAGUCUACCCUCGCAGCCUGCAUGGCGAAAGUUCAAUAUUCGCUACCGAUCGCUGGGCCCCAGCCUCGAAUGCCUUCAUUUUGCAAAAUCGCUAUUCCGAAAGCACUUGUUACCUCAUCAAAGCAAUUUUCGGAAGCUGCUGCAUGCUCAUCCCAGAAAUCUGACUUUAUUGAGGGAGAAUACGUGUUCCCACCCCUUCCGUCAUUCAAGGCAUCACGAAUCGCAAGGUUUAACUAUAAAGACCUUGAGCUCAAUUAUUCCAACCCAAGAACGGGGCCCUUGUUUCCCAAACAAAGCAUCGAGCUUAGCCUCUCAAUCGGGCGAUAUGAUAACGAGCUGCGCCCUAUAGCCGUUUGGCCCCAGUCAUCACAGACAGAGCAAACAGCAAGAGGCGCUUCCUUGGAGUCACUUUUUCAGCCAUUAUACACCCGUGCAUGUCAAUUAGCGUUUGAAUUGAGUGCCAAAAAUUAG